AGUCUCACGCGCAUACUCACUCACUUACGCACGCACGCGCGCUUUAUAAAAGAUUAAAAAUCAAGCGCGAGCUCCUGUGUGGUAGGUUUGCGUUAAAUAAAAUAAACACACAAGAAGAAAGCAGCAGACCGUCCUGGUGUUAUUUUCUGUGUAAGAAGUAUUCGUAAUAGACAACCUUCCUUAUUUAUGUGGGGUUUUUAAAAAAAAUAUUUUUGUCACGAGGGGCUGCGCGCGCGGAAAAUCGAACGCAGGUGUCAGCGUUUGUAACGGCUAAUUUUUUUUUUUUUUUUUACCUCAGCGUCGGCGUCGUGUUGUGUUUUUAUAAACUCUGAGCCCUGUAAGGUGGUGCACAGCAUCCUGCAGUCUCAUCAUGGCUUUCACAGUGAACCUGACUGGCCCGUCUCCCUGGGGCUUCAGAAUAGCUGGUGGUCGUGACUUCAAGAAGGCCAUAACAGUAUCAAAGGUGAACCCUGGCAGUAAAGCUGAGAAAGCCAACCUUGCACCUGGUGAUGUAAUCAUGGAAAUAAAUGGAGAAAAUACCGGAGACAUGCUGAACGUAGAGGCACAAAACAAAAUCAAGAGCUCCAAAACACAACUGCAGCUGUUAGUAGAGAGGCCAGCCCCUUCAAGUCCUGGUCAAACUAACGGGAUCAGUUCCACAGAGCAACUGGUGGGCCGUUUCCAGGAAACCCUGCAUGUGAGGGAUGAGAACCAGAACUACAGAGAGUACUCCAUCUCCAGCCCAACAUCAUUCUCUCCAGGCCCAUACUCUCCAGAGCCUCCUUACAGCCCCGGGCUCAAGGGGGGCAGGAUCACACCCACCAUGAAGAGCCCUGUUUUCCAAUCCUGGUCUUCUGAAGAGAAAAUCUCCAGUCACAGACUGUCCAGGCCACUUUCUCAGGAGAUUUCCACAGUGGAGUUCCGCAGCAACUCUGUGUCCAGUCGAACUCCGACACCACCUGAACGCUACUCACCACACAGUCCAAAUGAACGAGAGGUUCCCAUAUCCCCUCGCCGCAACAGCUCGGACUUUGUGAUGCAGCGGUUCGAUCGUGAAUCAGAGGUGUACAAGAUGAUUCAGGAGAACAAGGAGUCACGUGCAGCUCCUCGCCAGUCCAACACCUUCAAAAUGCUGCAAGAAGUGUUGGAGGCAGAUGAAAAAGAGGGUGCCUUGAUGUUCCCAUCGAAGUUGUCCCCAAUCCCACCGAAACCAGUGUCAUCUGUCGCUGGGGUUCAGAAAUACCACACCUGUGAAAAAUGUGGCAACAACAUUGUCACCCAGGCAGUGAGGAUCGCUGACGAGCGUUUCCGCCACCCCGACUGCUACACGUGUGCAGACUGCGGCCUGAACCUGAAGAUGCGCGGCCAUUUCUGGGUGGAAGACGAGCUGUUCUGCGAGAAGCACGCACGCGAACGAUAUCAGGGGCCUGGUGUAGGCUACCGCCACCCCAUCUCCCCUAACCACUGAGUCAUCCGCUCUCUCCCUCGCUCCUUCACCUCCCUCACUCCUUCCAGCACAGAGAGCACAGCGAAAUCUGAGAAACCUGCACAGAACAUGCAGCUUUCUUUGCUUUAGAGGAAGAACUCUUUCUACCUCUUUUAAGCUGCGUGUGGAGCUUGCUAGCUGUUGACUCUGGGAGGGGUUGAAGAGGUGUAUAAGCCAGUUCAGCAAUUAUCCUACAUUAUAAACCUUCCCUGCCAGUUCUUCACAUUGUAUUAAGCUUUUUGUUUCAGUAUACACAAUGCAGUUAACACGGAUUCACUUAAACUUCUUUCAAUGUUUGGUUUUGGGUUUCACAAAAAUGUACAACCCCAGGAUCUUGCUUCAUGACUUCAUAAGACAUCACAAGAAAUGUAUAGUGCACACGGGACCGGUUUCCAUUGUGUGUUUGAGUGUGCAGUCAAAUUUAAUUUAGCCUAGGUUUUGGAGUGAUUUAUCUUUCUUAUUAAAAAAAAAAAAAAAAAAGAUUUUGAAAGUAUUCACACAUACAAACACAUCCAUGUAUUUCAGGGCUGCUCAAACCCAGGACCAACAUUAAUUAGAAACCUGUAGCAUUUGGAACACAUUCCAACAUUCCAACGACUUAAAAUAUUUUGGCCAGCCCUGAUUUUUUUUCAUCUUUUUCAUUUACUUUUUUUUUUUUCUUCAUCUACAAGGGAAUUGAUUAUCAAAACAAUAUGAAUAACUAUGGUUGUGUAAAUAUGUGUAUUUUCUCUUUAAAUGAUUAUAUAUGAUGUAAUCCAUAUAUAUAUAAUGAUAGUGCACAGGGUUGUAUGUGUUUGUUUCCGUGCGUGUCACAUUUGAUACCGAGUACACAACAUUUGAUAUGACCAAAAUGAGAAGUGAACUAUAGGAGAAAAAAAAGUUUAUUAUAUAUAUAUAUUAUUUUUAAAUCCUGGUCUGAACUCAAGUGGCAUAUUUUCAUAAACGCAGAACUCCACCACUGGUGACUUAUUUGAUGGAUGACUUUGGAAAUAUCAUGUUGUGAAUUGUAAUGUUAACUGUCCUUUCUUCACUUUUUUCUUUUUCAAAUAUAAAAUUUACUGAUGUAAAUGAU